UAUCACGAAAGAUAAGAAUAUUGCACAACAUUUUAUUUCCCAAAUGAGUUAGAUGUGGUGAAAAUGUCGUUAGUUAAAGUGUCGGUUGAAGAUUUAGACACUAAUUCGAAGUUAUUGUAUGAGAUUGAUAAGAGUAAGUCGCUGGAGGAAAACAUAAGUAAUAUUUGCAUAAGUUUCGAAAAACCAUAUUCGCCUGUCGUUUAUGGGCUAAAACUUAUAGCCACAAAUGACGGAAAAAAUAUUUAUUCCUACAUAUCCGAAGAUAAUUUCGAAACGAUCAAAGACGGUUAUUUUUUAAAACUAGUUUAUUCUGUAAAUUACUACGUCAAAAGAAUUUUUGACCACAUCAAUGAUGAGUACAAAGAAAGAAGUUUUAUUGACCUUCAUGACCUAAGUGUGGAUGCUGAAUUUAUCAAAGAGAUGGUUAAACUUGAAAAACAUUUAGUUUUGAUUGACAUUUUCACAAAGCAUGAACUAAAAAAAAAGGAAGCAAACAACUGUUUAACUAAUAAAAAUGAAGCAGAGGCAUGUGAAGAAAAAGAAAGUGAAACAAAGAAGCCAUGUUUAUAUAAAAGAGAAGAAAAGAAUAACAAAUAUUUAACCGAAAGUGAAGCAACGGCAUGUUUAAUUGCAAUCGUCCAUUUAUUUCAAAGACAAUCCAUUGAUGACAUUAGCGAUGAAUUUUUAAAUAAAAUAGUUGAAAUAAGUAAAAAAGGUAAAAGCAACGAAUUAGUUAAAUAUGCCUUGUCUGUAAUACACAAAAUCUUGUGUAAUCGUGAUGUUAAAUUUGCAAAAUGGAAAGAAGAGACCAUUAAACGGGUACAAAUUAUUGAUAUAAUGAGCCACAUUAAAAAACAAGAUUCGGAUUUACAAUAUGGUUCAUUACUCGUUAUUAAUGCUUUAAUUAGAUGUUGCAAGGGUGAAAAACGGCAACAACUCGUUAAGGAAAUAAAUAUGAAACAAUAUCGGGAAAGAAUUUACCAACACGUAAUAACGCCUGGCAAUGUUUCGAAAAAUGUGGCACGAGAGUUGUACAUUUAUCAAACAUAUCUAUUAAGCGCUUAUGCCGAGACUCUUACCACUCCCAUAGCCGCAGACCCUGAUCUUUUAAGUGAGUUCGAACCUGUUGACAGUGAAGUAAAAAAAAUGACCAUUUUGAUGGAUUUUGAUGAAAUUGCCACGAAAAAAAGUGCUUCAGUGGACAAUUUGCUCCAGUGUGACGAUGUUAGAAUAUCGUUAGCUUCUAUUUCGUCUAAAUUAAGCGAAGAUUCGAGAUUCUCGCACCGAGUCCAAAGCUACGCGAYAAAUUAUAGCGAAAGUGACACUCUGCUACCAAGUCUUCUAACAAUUGAGGCUCUUAGACAUUACAGGCAUUACCAUUACAAAAACUUCAGUCAAAGUCAAGUCGAAGAGCAUGUGUAUGAGCCCGGGGUUUUGGCGUCAAGUGAAAGGGUUGUGAGGAUGUUGGCGAAAAUCCUCCGUAUUGGAAUGGAACCUGACAGGAGUAAUUCUUGCUACCAGCCCACCAUUUUUACACAUUCGACUUUCUUUUUUGAGCUUUUUUCAAGAACUAUGUGGCUGCUUUCAAAGACAAGACGGGAAAUGAAAGCCUCCACAUUGUCCGACUAUGAAAAAGUCAUUCGUGUGUUAUCCAAACAAGUCAGACUUGUCCUAGAAGCAAAACCAAUGGAUUUCAAAAAAAUGACUGAGACAAUGGUUGAAACCUCAUAUAAUACAGUCGUUGAAAUAUGGCAGAAAGAAAAAGAAGAGGAAUUGAGAAACGUACUGGACACCAAUGAGUGUAUUCAAGGCCUGAAAAAAACUUUCAAUAAAGAAAACGAAGAAAAUAUCUACCAGCAACGUAUCAACUAUGUAAAAAACGGCACAAUUUUUCCAAAAAUUGUCGACAAAAAAAUCAAUGGAAAUUUUUACGCUAAGCUCUCCAACAACGAAAGACAUUUACUUAUCAAUGAUUAUAAUGCUUCUACAAAGACUUCAGGUCAAGUUAUUGCAUACUCUCUAGGCGACGUUACGCAUUUAGUUGAAGGGAAGGCGUGUCCACAUGUUGCCAACAACACCGUUAAAGAUCCUUCUCUUGCUUUCUCCUUAAUAAUUAACAACGAAACUUAUAUAAAUUUCAAAGCAGCGGACAGAAAAUCAGCCAGUUACUGGACUGACGCACUUAAUUUACUACUGGGAAAAAACAAUCGGAGUUUGUACUACAAUAAUGAGAUGAACGAACUGACUAAAAUGGAUCUAGUGCUUCACCUACUGGACCUCCAAGGGGCCACAAUACCCAAAAGGCCCCCUCCCGUCCCACGCAAUCCGUUCGAAGUGAGGCCCCCUAUACCCCCAAAGCCGCAAUUAUACCCCGRCAAAAAUGCACCUAAAUAAACUUAWUUUUUAUUGUCACUUACACAAAAUAAAUUAUCUGUGCCUA